AUGCUCCGUACGCCAUUUACCAGGUCUGCGGCUAGGCUAGGGAGGCAUGCAAAAUGGCAAGCUGGCGCGAGGAGUUUCAACGCCACAACGAGGAGGAAAGCGGAAGUGCAGCUCACAAUUGAUGGCAAACAGGUCUCCAUAGAAGCCGGCUCUGCUCUUAUACAAGCAUGCGAAAAGGCCGGCGUGGUUAUACCGCGAUACUGUUAUCACGAAAAGCUCAUGAUUGCUGGGAAUUGUCGUAUGUGUCUAGUGGAAGUUGAAAGAGCACCGAAGCCUGUUGCAUCAUGCGCCUGGCCUGUACAGCCUGGUAUGGUAGUCAAGACGGACUCGCCACUCACACAUAAAGCAAGAGAAGGCGUGAUGGAGUUUCUGCUCGCAAACCAUCCACUGGACUGCCCGAUCUGCGAUCAAGGAGGCGAAUGCGAUCUACAGGAUCAGUCAAUGCGAUAUGGAGCCGAUCGGGGGCGAUUCCACGAGAUGGGGGGCAAGCGCGCCGUCGAAGACAAGAACAUGGGCCCUUUGAUCAAGACUUCCAUGAACAGGUGUAUCCAUUGCACGAGAUGCAUUCGGUUCGCAAAUGAUGUGGCAGGAGCACCAGAGCUCGGGUCAACGGGCAGAGGCAAUGAUAUGCAGAUUGGCACAUAUCUUGAAACAGCUCUUGAUUCGGAGAUGUCAGGAAAUGUCAUCGACUUGUGCCCUGUUGGCGCCUUAACUUCCAAACCAUACGCUUUCCGUGCACGGCCGUGGGAGUUGCAGCAUUUUGAAUCAGUGGACGUGCUUGAUGCCUUGGGUUCAAAUAUCCGAAUAGAUGCAAGAGGGAUGGAAGUCAUGAGGAUUAUCCCCAGGCUCAACGAUGACAUCAACGAGGAGUGGAUCAACGACAAGACUCGAUUUGCUUGCGAUGGCUUGAAGACACAACGAUUGACUACGCCUCUGAUGCGGCGGGAUGAUAAAUUCAUACCAGCAUCAUGGGAACAAGUUUUGACCGAGAUUGGCAACGCCUACCAGCGCAUAUCUCCCAAAGAAAACGAGUUCAAGGCCAUCACUGGCCAUCUCGUCGAAACGGAAACCUUGGUCGCCAUGAAAGACCUGGCCAAUAAAUUAGGAUCUGAUAAUCUUGCCCUCGACCAACCCUUCGGCAGCCAGCCCAUCGCCCACGGAAUCGACCUCCGCUCCUCCUAUACCUUCAACAGUAAGAUCUAUGGUGUUGAAGAAGCCGAUGCCAUACUCCUUGUCGGCACCAAUCCCCGCCAUGAAGCCGCCGGCCUUAAUGCCCGCAUUCGCAAGCAAUGGCUACGUUCCGACCUCGAGAUUGGCCUCGUCGGCGAGCCCUUCGAGAGUACCUUCAACUUUGAUCACCUUGGCGCUAACGUGUCUGCCCUAAAGAAAGCACUCCAAGGUCCUUGGGGCAAAGUCCUACAGUCUGCCAAACGCCCUAUGAUCAUUGUCGGUUCCUCGGCCGUGGAGCACCCAGACGCAAAAGCCAUCUUCGAAACCGUCGGUUCCUUUGUCGAUAAGAACGCCGCUAAUUUCAUCACCUCUGAGUGGCAAGGCUAUAACGUACUCCAGCGCGUCGCCUCCCGCGCAGGGGCUUUCGAAGUCGGCUUCACGACGCCCUCUCCCACUGUCGCGAACACGGUACCUAAAUUCAUAUGGCUGCUUGGCGCAGAUGAGAUUUCUGAAUCCGAUAUUCCCAAGGGCGCAUUCGUAGUCUACCAAGGCCACCACGGCGACAGAGGCGCCCAGCUCGCCGACGUUAUACUCCCGGGGGCUGCGUACACAGAGAAGCACGGCACAUACGUCAACACGGAAGGUCGUGUCCAAAUGACCCGAGCCGCCACUUCAAUGCCAGGAGCAGCGAGAGAUGACUGGAAGAUCCUACGGGCAGCGAGCGAGUACCUUGGGGCGCCGCUACCAUAUGAUGAUAUAGAAGCUUUGAGGGAUCGUAUGGAAGAGAUCAGUCCUGCGUUGAGACGUUACGAUGUCGUAGAGGGGACUGGUAUGCCCCAGCUUCAGAAAGUGCAGCUUGUAGAUCAGAACAAGGGAGCCAAGGUAGAGAACAAACCAUUUGCAAGUGUGAUCAAGGAUUUCUUCUUUACGGACGCGAUCUCCAGAAGUUCCCCAACAAUGGCACGCUGCUCGGCAGCCAAAGCGACGGGUAAUCCAAAGACCAACUUCAUGGCCCCGGGUGAACCAAACUCACAGGUUGCGUACGGCACGCCACAGGUGGCGCAUACGGCCUCGAUGUAG